GCGGCGGUCAGACCGGCCGUCCGUCGCUAGCCUAGUGCACUGGCCUCCGUGGAUCGCCUCCCCCCCCCGUGGGCUGUCUGUGGGCUGUGUCGGCUGUCGUCACGGGACGCGGCGCGCCUCCCCUCGGAGUCCCCCGGCAUCACAGGCAAGAUGGCGGAGCAGCGAGGCGGCGGGGCGCUGCGAUGAGGCGCCCGGCGCUGCGAGACACGAAUCGGGACAGAAAGACGGCGAGAAGCCGGCGAUGACACUGCGGGUGAAUAAUUGAAACGUGCGCACGUCUUCGGCGGACACGACGCUGGUUUUCGCUGCGGUACCCAGCCUGCGGGAUGGAAAAUGAUGGACGACAAAGGGCCCCGUGUAGCGGACUACUUUGUGGUGGCCGGCCUGACGGACACCUCCAAGCCCCUGGACGAGGAGAUCCACUUCGACGACGUCUGCCACAAGACGGCCCGGCCCAAGGCACCUAUCACGGACAUUGCCGUGGUUAUGCGCUCCUUGGGGGAGGAAGUGCCCCAGGGUUAUGUUUGCGUGGAGACCACUCCCUCUGGCCUCUCUGCUGACCUCAACAGUGGCAGCCUCAUGGGGCCCCAAAUCUUUCUGUGCUACAGGAGGGGCCGGGACAAGCCCCCCCUUACUGACCUUGGGGUCCUCUAUGAAUGGAAGGAGAGGCUGAAACAGGGAUGUCACAUCAUCCAAACCACGCCCUCGGGUCGCCCGGCCAACAUCAGCAGCACCUCCUCCCAGCGCAUAUACAUCACAUACCGGCGUGCCCCUGAGAGCCAGCCCCAUGCCUCCCUGGCUGUCACCGACAUCUGCAUCAUCAUCCCAAGCAAGGGCGAGACACCCCCUCACACCUUCUGCAGGGUGGACAAGAAUCUCAAUAGCAGCAUGUGGGGCUCCUCGGUUUACCUGUGUUACAAGAAAUCUGUGGCGAAAACCAACACCGUUGCGUACAAAGCAGGUCUGCUGUGCAGGUACCCCGAGGAGGACUACGAGUCCUUCCCCCUGCCUGAGUCCGUCCCUCUCUUCUGCCUCCCCAUGGGUGCCACCAUUGAAUGCUGGCCCUCCCAGACCAAGUACUCCCUCCCCGUCUUCUCCACCUUUGUGCUGACUGGUGCCUCUGGGGAGAAGGUCUACGGAGCGGCCAUCCAGUUCUACGAGUCAUACCCGCAGGAGCGUCUGACAGACCGGCAGCGGCUGCAGCUUGGCCUGCCCACCGGAGAGCGCCGUCCGGUCAGCUCGAGGGCCGUACACACCAACAAGUGCAUCUGCCUGCUGUCCCACUGGCCCUUCUUCGACGCCUUCCGCAAGUUCCUCACGUUCCUGUACCGUUACUCUAUCUCUGGACCCCAUGUCCUGCCCAUAGAGAAGCACAUCUCUCACUUCAUGCACAAGGUGCCGUUCCCCUCCUCCCAGAGGCCUCGCAUCCUGGUGCAGUUGUCUCCUCAUGACAGCCUGUUGCUGAGCCAGCCCGUGUCCUCUCCUCUACCUCUCAGCGGCGGGCGGUUCUCUACGCUGCUGCUGAACCUGGGCCCGGAGAACGCCGUUACCCUGUUGGUGUUUGCCGUCACCGAGCACAAGAUCCUGGUGCACUCGCUGCGGCCGGCCGUGCUAACCAGCGUGACCGAGGCGCUGGUGUCGAUGAUCUUCCCCUUCCACUGGCCGUGUCCCUACAUCCCUCUGUGCCCCCUUGCGCUGGCAGAUGUGCUCAGCGCGCCGUGCCCGUUCAUCGUGGGCGUGGACUCCCGCUACUUUGACCUUUACGAGCCUCCGCCGGACGUCAGCUGUGUGGACUUGGACACCAACACCAUCUCCCAAAAUGAGGAUAAGAGGGCACUGACGUGGAAGGUCCUUCCCAAGAAAGCCUGCAAAAAUCUGAUGAAUACUCUGAAUAACCUCUACCAGCAGCUGGCUGAAGGUCAGCAGAGGCCCAGGGAGGAUGGAUUGAUGGAGCUGGCCAUGAGCGACUAUGAUUUCAACUGUGGAAAGAGCCUCCAGACCCUGGAGUUGGAGAUCCAGGAAGCCUUCCUGCGCUUCAUGGCGGCCAUCCUGAAAGGCUACCGCUCCUACCUGCGGCCCAUCACCCAGGCGCCCUCGGAGAAGGCCACGGACGCAAGCUCCCUGUUUGACCUUCAAGGCUUCCUGAAAAGCCGCGACCGUUCCCACCAGAAGUUCUAUUCCCUGAUGACGAAGACGCAGAUGUUCAUCCGGUUUAUCGAGGAGUGCUCCUUCGUCAGCGACAAAGACGCCAGCUUGGCUUUCUUCGACGACUGCGUGGACAAGCUCUUCGGCACAGAGCGCGGUACAGACAGAGGAGGCAAGGUGGACGGCGAUCGGCCGGAGGAGACCAGGCUCAUCGAGCUGGACGAGUCGCACCGCAGCGAGCACACCGUCUUCAUCACCCCCCCGGAGCUGCCACCCCUUCCCGAAGGAGAGGAGUAUCCUCAGUGUUACAGCUACAACGGGUUUCCCGUCCUGAGCCUGGAGCUCUUUGACCCCCCGGAGGGCCUGAGGACCCCCGCCUCGCGCCUCACCUCUCGACACAGCUGCCCCACGAGUCCGGCACCCAUGUUCCGCCGAACCAAGCAGGAAAUCAAGUCGGCGCAAAAAAUUGCGAAGAAGUACUCGUCCAUCCCGCAGAUGUGGUCCAAGUGCCUGCUCCGCCACUGCUACGGCCUGUGGUUCAUCUGCCUGCCCGCUUACGUCAAGGUGUGCCACUCCAAGGUGCGGGCGCUGCGCACCGCCUACGACGUGCUGAGGAAGAUGCAGGCCAAGAAGCUGCAACCCCCAGAUGAGGUUUGCUACCGGGUGCUGAUGCAGCUGUGCGGACAGUACGGACAACCCGUGUUGGCCGUGCGCGUCCUCUUCGAGAUGAAGAAGGCCGGAGUUCAGCCCAACGCCAUCACCUAUGGUUACUACAACAAGGCUGUUUUGGAAAGCACCUGGCCAUCCAGCACCCGGGGGGGUUACUUCCUCUGGAUGAAGCUGAGGAAUGUGGUGUUGGGCGUGACCCAGUUCAGGCGGGCGCUGAAGAAGCAGCAGUCGAACCCCACUCAGACCCCUCUCUCAGAUGGCAGCGACCUGGACGCCGUCAGUCACGGCAGCCUGGAUAGCUCUAAUGACACUAACACGGCGGAGCAGGGCCCCUUCGCCACUGACCUAAUCAAAGUAGAUUCCGCUGACGAUAGAUCUAGCACAGGGGGGCAGUCGGACCUGGGCUACAACUCGCUGUCUAAAGAAGAAGCGAGGAGGGGUGAGAGCGACGUGCAGGACAGAGCCCUGGAGAAGGAGGACAAGAAGGAGAGCGAUUCCAGCUCGUUGUCAGAGAGCGAGAGUGCUAAGGGCAGCGGAGACUGCCUUCCGCAGCUGGACUUCCCCAACGUCAGCGGCCCCUUCCAACCCCGUGCCGGCAUCGUGCGCAGCAACUGUCCCUACGACGGCACAGCCAAAGACGCUAAUGACACCAGCACAGACCACGUUGCUGGCCUGCUCUUCACCUCCUCCCUGGAGGAGAUUGGACUGGUCCAAGGCAGCGGUCUGCGCCGGAGGCACAAGAGCGCUGUGGAGGAGGGCCAGGGGCGUUCGGACUGGCCUGGAGUCAGAGGUCGCAGCCUCAGCGGAGACACGGCCGGCGGCACGGUACUGGGCCUGGGCAUGACUCGGGGCGAAACGGACCCCGUCAGGAUCGCCGAGAAUCUGGGCGCCGACGCUAAGAUCCUCUCCGCAACGCUGCGGAAGAGCGCCAGGCCGAACUCCCUGGACGUGGGACGGCACGAGGGCGGCCCCCGGGGUGGAAAAUUAGACUCGGCCGCCCGCAGACACAGCCACAAAGCACGCCCGGAGAGGGACUCUAGCGACGAAGACAAAAUGGACACGGCUGCCAUCUUCGACCUGGAAGACCUGGACGAGGAGAGGAGAGAGGGGCCGUCCAAGGCGGGGCAAAGCUGUAGCAAGGGCCAGCGAAAGAGGGCUGCGGAGCGGAGCGUGAGCACCGGUGGCGUGGUGGUGGCGAGGACCGGCAUCCGGGCCGGUUUCGACCCGCUGUCUCUGAUGGCGGCCGAGACGGAGCGGGAGGCGGACGGCGGGGGCGCCAGCACUCCCACGGCCCGCCGCGAUUUGGCUGAGGAGAUCGAGAUGUACAUGAACAACAUGGGAAGCCCCCUGAGCAGUCGGGCACCCAGCAUGGAUCUGCAGGACCCCUCGAGCCCCCAGCUCCGCGGCAGCCCCUCGCCCCGGCGUUCUAGCCUGCCCCCCGGCUCCCCGCAGCCCGCCGCCGUGCCGCGCUCUCGCACCUGCCCUUCGCGACCCCGCGACCGCCUCUGGUCCUCGCCGACUUUCUCUCAGGGCAGCCCGCGCAGGGAACGGGACCCCUGCGCGAACCUGGCCUCGCCCUCGCCCUCCUCUUUCGCCCUGGACACCCUGCUCACCCCGACGCUGGACGUCUUCAAAAGCAGCGUCUUCUCUGCGGGAAAGGGCGUGGCGGAGAAGGCUAGUCGCUGGUACUCCCGGUUCGCCACGUACACCACCCCGACCAAGGACGCCAACUACGACCGAGCUAGCGUGUCCUCUCUGGGCACGGGAGAUGCGGACUGCUCCUCCCUCGCGGACGAGGAGUCCUGCCUAGAGCCCGAUGGCCCGGGGCCCACCUCCCCCCAGCGCAACGGCAUUUUGGGUCCCAAGAGGAGCCCUCACAGAACUCGGCUGGAGAGCCCCACCCCGCAGACCAGCUCCGCGCAGAAGCCCCCCCAUCCAGGUGUGGUGUCUCCCUCCAGCUUCCCCCUUCCAGACAAAUCAGAACUGGGGUCCUCUCGCUACACCAGCAACACCAGCAUUUUCCAGAAUUACGCCAUGGAGGUGCUGAUCUCCAGCUGCUCCCGCUGCAAGACCUGCGACUGCCUGGUAUACGACGAGGAGAUCAUGGCCGGCUGGACGGCCGACGACUCCAACCUCAACACCACUUGCCCCUUCUGUGGGAACCCCUUCCUGCCCUUCCUCAACGUGGAGAUCCGGGACCUCCGUGGGCCGGGGAGGUUCUUCUUGAAAAGCAGUCCAUCUGCUGAAGAAGCUGUGUCGUCCUCCUUCUCCGUAUCCACGGGUCUGGGUACAGGGACAUCUACGCUGUCCACGCCCUGUCCUACCAUGAUGCUUUCUCCUCGCUCACCCCAAAUCACUAUGCAUGAGUGUCCCAGCAACAACAGCCGGAGUAGCUCACUAGGGUACUCUGUAGCUCGCUGCGUCGAGAUCCCGAUGGAGCGACGCCAGGGCGCCGUGUCUCCGGAGCCCACCAUGGUGCGCAGCGUCAGCGAGUUCGGACCCAUGGAGGAGCCGCUCAGGACCAGCCUGUGCACCACGGGCAGCCUCCCCUGUCGGCUCAACGAGGCUACGGACCCCCUGAGCAUGGACUGGCGCCUCCACAAUCCCGACCCCGUGACGGUGCCGUACCUAAGCCCUUUGGUACUCUGGAAGGAGCUGGAGAGUCUGCUGGAGAACGAGGGGGACCAGGUGAUCAGUGCAUCAGACGUUGUGGACCACCACCCCAUCAUCUUCUGGAACCUGGUGUGGUAUUUCCGCCGGCUGGACCUCCCCAGCAACUUGCCAGGCCUCAUCCUGACAUCAGAGCACUGCAACCGCGGGUCGCAGGUUCCUCGACACUGGAUGUCGGAGGAUAGCAAACACGUGCUGAUCCAGAUCCUGUGGGACAACCUGAAGUUGCACCAGGACCCCAUCCAACCUUUCUACAUCCUGUGGAACACAUACCACCUGAACUACUCGGUGAGCUGGCCGGUGCGGGAGGAGGAGGAGCUUUUCGGGAAGGAGCUGCUCCAAAGCGUGGUGAGGAGCAUCCAGAAGAACGACGUGUACCGACCCAUGAGUCAGGUCCUCCAGCUGCUUGGGCAGAAGCUGGGCGUCAAGAGGCAGAGGAGUUUGUACAGAGAUAUUUUGUUUUUGUCCUUGGUGGCUCUGGGAAAGGACAACAUUGACAUUGAUGCUUUUGACCGCGAGUACAAGAUGGCAUACGACCGACUCACACCCAGCCAGGUCAAGCUGACGCACAACUGUGACCGGCCCCCCAGCGCCGGGGUCAUGGAGUGCCGCAAGAUUUUUGGCGAACCGUACUUGUGAGCCCAUCCGGCCUCCGCCUUCUCCGGCUUCUGCUGCUCCUAAGCUCCCCUGAUUCCACCUGCAUCUCAAUACUGCUUGAACCUCAAGCUGCUUCUAGUCCCAAAAAAAAAAACAUUCCGGCACCUUGAACGGGACAAAGACGAGUCGAUAGGCUCGCUGAACACAGCGCAGGAGGGUUUCUCAGAACAGUUGGCCACUGCCGUGAAGGACACACACAUGUAGCAAGACAUUCAUCUUGAAAGCAAGCUGGAGCGGAUAUCACAGCUACUUCACUCAUCUCUAAAACUCGCUAUGUACAGCUACAACAACAGUCGCGCUAAUCGACGUACAGUGAUCCUUGAAAAUGCCUCCCGUUUCCUGACACCGCCGCAGCGCAAGAAAACUAUCACAAGAUGAGCAUCUAACCCUAGAGAGACCAGAAGACUGCCCAGGAGACCCAGGGUCUUGCUGAUGUUCAGGAAUCCAAGAAUAGCGGACAAUGACGAGUGAGGAGAAGAACUUUCGGCGCUGCAUUUCUAGUUAACAGCCUGAAAAACCAGGCUUCGUUUCGCCAGUUAACCCUUGCUGCCCCCUUGGUCUGUAGGGGAGGCAAAAGAGCAGCAAAGCACUAUGAACAGCAGCAUGAGAAGGUCUUUCUCUCAGAAGGAGCUGCCCUGGAUUUGCUUGACACUACUACAAAAACGGAAGAGAACGUUUCCGGUAAAAUGUUUGAUGUUACGGGGUAUUUUUCGUAGUUCUGUUACAGAUUAUGUCCAAUGCAGAUGUGCUGUAUAUACAAUUUUACUUUUAUAAAACAUUUGUAUUAUAUGAUUCAGACUAAUAUUGGCAAUAUUUUACUUGUAUUAUAUUUAUACAAAUGUACCAUUAUUUAUUUAAAUGCGUCUGUUUUAGUGUUUGAGCCCAGCUUUCACUAUGGUGAAUAGUUUUCUCUGGUCCAAAUGGUCAUGGUCGAUGUCCUCUUAUACCAGUGUUCGUGUUGGUGGGUCGGGGGCCCUUGUCUUUACAGUGAGUACUGUAUUAAUGCCGAUGGUUUACCUUACUCAACUGGGACAUUUGAGUUGCGCUACUUUAUCAAAACAAUCCCAGAAAUGGCUGCAGUACACAUCUGGACCCAAAUAACUAACUGUUCAGUGAGUGGGCAAAAAGGAAUCCAUGUAGGAGGGCCCAGUGUUAGUCGUCCUCAUCCCUGAUUGGAAAAGUAAGACAGAUGUUAUGAAUAGUGAUGGUAUAUUUAAAAAAAAAAAUAAAUAAAAAUAAAAAAUCUUUUUUUUUUUUUUUUUUUUUUGGUCGGUGUCACAAAAAAUGUUGACACCUCAUUAGCGCCUUGUAUAAUGGCAUCCAAAUCAUCGGUUCGAAUCAGGGAUGUAAAUAUGAUGUGGCUUUAUUUUAAAUGCUGAAAGCUAUGUUAAAUACCGAACAAAUAUAUUUAUUACUAGUAUAUUUUUAAAGUAGGGUAUAUUACCAUACUUCCAUUACAUUCAGUUUAUUAAAAUUAGGUAUUAAAAUAUUAACAUUGUAACAAAACUUCAUCAGUAUAUACAUAUAUAGGACCUUAGUGUGUAUUGUGUAUUAUUCACCUUUUCAGUGCAUUUCUUUUAGCUCUACACUGAGCUACUGAGCUGAUCUCUAUAAAUUCCUUCGUAAUGAAUUCCCUUGUUUCGAAUCAGCAAUGAAAAUGCAGAUCUGACUCCUGAUUGUGUGUCUUAUUUAGAUUCUCUCUGGCAGGAUCAGUUAACAUCUGCAAUGUAUCAGAAGAGAGUCCUGUUUUUUUUUCAGGUACUUGACAUAUUUGAUACAGUGAUUUGGUUGGAAAGAAAGUGUGUGUUCACCUGUGAAAUGUGCGCAAAUAGAUUUUUAAAAAUGAUUUUAUUGCUUCUGUCUUUGAGAAACAAAUUUAUGUUCUGUUUUCUAGGGACAUGCGUUAGAACUUCUUUAUAAGUAUAUUCUACCCUAAAACCAAAAACUAAUAACCUAAAAAUGGUACACUUGAGAAACAUUUUUACAUCUUGUGUGUGUGUGUGUGUGUGUGUGUGUGUGUGUGU